GGGCUCCCCCAGGAGGACGAGCAUGGUGGUCUCCCCUCGCAGCCCGCUGGUUCAGGACUUCUGAGAAGAUGCUCGCCUUGCGGCUGCUCACUUGCUUCCUGCAGCUCCUGGCUGGGCUGGCACUGCCCACUGUGCCCCAGCAGCACUUGGCCCUGCCUACUGGGAACGCCUCGUCAGAAGUGGAAGUGGUGCCCUUCCCGGAGGUAUGGGGCCGCAGCUACUGCCAAGCGCGGGAGAAGCUGGUGGACAUCGUGACCGAGUACCCCGGCGAGGUGCAGUCCUUGUUCAGCCCGUCCUGCGUCUCUCUGAAGCGCUGCACCGGCUGCUGCAGCGAUGAGCGGCUGCACUGUGUGCCUGUGGAGACCACGAACGUCACCAUGCAGGUCCUGAAGAUCGCCCCAGGGCGCCAAUCCUUCUUUGUGCAGAUGACAUUCUCACAGCACAACCUCUGCGAGUGCAGGCCUCCGCAGAAGAGGACGAAGGCGGAAAGGCGGAGACUCACGAUCAGGGGCAAGAGGAAGCGCGAGCACCAGGCGCCCGCCGUCUGCCAGCAGUGCGGCGAUAGUGUUCCCUAGAGGUAACCGGCCCUUCAGAGGAGAGACCCCACACCCAGCUCGCAUAUUUAUUGCCGUCACGCUCUCGGUGACCUCCCUGCUGGCACCCUCCCUCUAUUUAUUAGCCACCGGCGCCCUGCUGAAUGACUCGCCCCUCACAGACGAGGCGCAAGGAGGGGCAGGACCCUCAGGGCUUCAGUGCCUUACACAGACGUGAGAGAAGGAAAGAAGCCACGCACAGACCCGUGGGAGCUUCGGCUUGGGAAGAAACAGGACGUGACCUUUGAGGGGCCGCCAGGCCCCAGAAGCCCCAGGUCGCAGGGGACCCGAGAAGAAAAGGGGGCCCCCGAGGGCUCCUGGCCCGCGGGUUCUGUGCCGCCGGCAGCUUUUGUCCCGGCCGCACUGGCCCCAGGCGGAUGCAGGUGCCUGCUCUUGCCACCGCGUCCCUGGCGGGGUGGGCGGGCAGGCGGCCGGUGGAGGGGAUCCGGCCUCGUCCUCUCCCUGGCAGGGGCUGCUUGCCCUGGAGACUGGGGCGUUCAGCUGAGAACAGCACUUGCCUGGAGCCUUUUGCCCCUCCUUCCCCUCUUAAGUCACUCCUCACGUUUUGCCUCUGGCUUAUUCUGGGACUUGGUUUUUUUUCCAGCCAAGGUGCCAUGACCCCGCCUCCUCUUGGGGACACAGGGUUAGGGUUGGCCGGGGGCUGGGCGAACGCAGGAUGGAGGAGGAGCCCUGCCAUGGGGAUGCGUGGGGAUGCGGUCACUGGGAGAGGGACCCGUGUGCCUUAGGCCAGCAGCUGUGGAAAGUGGAGCAGACCCUGAGGGCCCCUGUGCCCCACCAGCUGCCCCUGAAGGGCCACUGACUGCCAAGCCAGAUUCUCUUGAAUAAAGCAUUCUAGUCUGGAAA